AAUAUUAUGUGUAAAGGGUGCUAGAAAAUUGCGGGGGUGUAAUUCAAAAUGGCAGGGAUAGAGGACGCAAUGUCAUUGGUGGAUGGAUUUCGAACGAAGGCGGAGGAGGGAGGUGCGUCACUACUGACUACGCUGCCAGUAGUCCAGUCAGUUUCAGUGCAGACCGUCAAAUUGAAAGGUUCAUUUAACCUUUAUCAAAAAAAAAAAAAAAAAAAAGAAAAAAACGAAUUUUAUAUUUCAAUAAUUUUUGCAAUUUGUGUAACUUUCAGUUUCAAGUGAAUAUUGAAAAAUCCAAUUCUGACAGUUUGACGACAUAAAUUAUUUAUAUUCUAGUCCUAACUAGUAUUUUCGGUAUUUUCAAGCCCCUUCGUAUAAGCAUACGUACAUACAUACAAAAGUGAUUUAAUUAAUUUUGCAUUUAACUCCAGUAAUAAUUAUUUUUGACUAAAUAUUACAUGUUGAUUUAAAAACGGCUAGACAACUCCAAAUAAUUAAACACGUACGCUCACGCGGAUCACCGGCCGGCGUGUUAUGAAUUGCAGUUAAGUUCUAUAUUGACGUUCAAUAAAAACGUCGGAGGAACUUUGUGAAAGUGAGAAAUUUUUCAAUAAUGGCACACAGCGGUGCUUUUGAAUUCGGGGUAUUAAAUGCUCCAUGGCUGCACGGAUUGAGUCUGUACACUGGGCACACGAACCCAGCGCCUUCAGGUUUAAAUUCAAUGAGAAAUUGUCGAUCGCCCUUUCAGUCCGGAUCGCCCGAUUCGAUAAAUUCAUUUCCUUCGCUAAUUAGCGGAGUUUUGCAAGUUGUCAAUGGAGAUCAAUUUGCACUUAAUGAUUCUUUUCAAUUGCCGGCUAUUGACAGUUUCAAAGGAUUUGGAUUUAGAGAAUGUUCCUGUUUGGAUGGAAUGUGUGACGCGUGCUGCAGUAAAAUGAGAUUUCAGCAGACAAUGAAUUCUUCGCACUCACCCGAUUAUCUCGUGUCACAAUCGACAUCAACUGGCACACCAAGUCCACCUCUUCAAGUCUCUCAAUCAGCGACAUCGUUAAUUAAUCACUGUGAACGGCAUUCCGACAGUUCAAAUUAUUACUGUCAAACUUGCAGUGUUUCCAUUUGCGGAGAAUGUGACCUACGUAACCAUAAUGGUCACGUUACGGUUUAUCUCAUCGAAGCUAUGGAACAGGCUGGAAUGCAGGCGAAUCAAGUUUUGAGCGAAGCUAUGCAUGGAAUAAAAACAAUAACCGAUGAUCUUGAGGCUAUAUCGUUGGCUGUCGGUACACUAGACGUGAGAUCCAAGCAGGCAACGGACGAUGUGUCCAUUUGUAUAAAGCGAAUAAUCUCCGCUUUGGAGGACAGGGAAAAGAAACUUUUAUUGGACAUUGAGAAAGCGAGAAUACUCAAAUUGGCGUCACUCAAGACUAGAGAUGAGGCUUUGAGAAAUAGUAUGGUCCUGCUGACGGAGACAGUCGACAAACUGAAGAGAGGGAUAGGCAUUUCGAAAUUGACAGCAAAUCCAACGGAGCUGACUGUUAUAAAGGACAUGGCCUGUGCAGAGAUUUAUCGGAUUCGACAAGCGCGUAAAUCUUUCACGCCACCAGAGGAGAAUUGGAUCUCCUUCAGUGGACCGGACAGUAUUGUUCUUGACGCGAUUGCAAACUUGGGUUCGGUUGCUUUGAACAAUCCAGGACCAAUUGGAGAUCGACGAGCUCUAAAAGGACGUGGUGGAUCCUCCUCUAAUUCCUCCUCUUCAUCAUCAUCGUCGUCAACGUCGUCUAAUUUGGAAUUGGGCGAUGAGAAAGGAGGACCUCGUAUUCGAUACAUAGACGAAUCUUUAGAAGAGGAAAGUUCAGACGAUGAACCGGAGUCAGGAAGCGACGAUGAGAGCAGGUACCUCAAGGAGAGUGCGACUUCCGAAGUCCCGGCAGAAUUUUGGCACAUGCAGAAGCUCAUCAAGUAUAUGAAAGCUGGCAAUCAAACUGCGACUCUAGUUUCUCUCUGUCUUCUAAAGGACUACGAACUCAAUAGUAGAAUUAUUCAAAAAGCAAUUCAUGAAAUGGGAGGCUUGGAAGUACUGGUGAAUCUCCUGGAGACAAAAGACAUUAAAUGUCAAAGUGGAUCUUUGUCAGUUUUAUUGAAAAUAACCUCGUCAGGUGAGAUAAGACGUUAUUUGAUAGACCUGGGAAUUGUGACAUCUCUUGUCGAAUUAUUGAAACACCCAGCGAGAGACAUUCAAGUUUUGGCAGCCGAAACGAUGGCCAAUAUUGCCAUGAUGAGAAAAGCGAGAAAGCAGAUUCGCGUUCGUGGAGGAAUUCCCUUGAUUUUGGACGUGAUGGACAUUCCCGAUACAGUUCUACAGUGCCCUUUGGAAAAUCUCAACGAAAAUGAUAAAGAACUGAUGUCAGUUGCCAUCGGAUGUGCUAAAGUUCUCAACUCACUGAGCAGUAGUCCAAAAAUUAAGGAAGAAUUGCGAAAGUUCGGUGUUGUAUUUUUAAUGUCACGUUUUCUGAAAACACAAAAUGUGGAUUUAAUCAUUCCAAUGAUGGGCUCAGUUCAACAAUGUGCAGAUCUAAAAGCUUUCAGAUUGGCCUUCGAGCAGAUGGGCAUUCUUGCCGAUGUGGUCCAUCACUUGAGAAAUGAAAAUGUGAAAUUAAAAGAAAAUUGUGCACUGGUCAUCUUCAAGUGCGCCGAAAAUAAGGUGACUCGAGACUUGGUAAGAGAAGCGGGUGGUCUUGAUCCAUUAUGUAAAUUGGUGCAAAGUGAUCAAAUUCGCAAUAAUAAAAAAUUAUUAGCUUCUGUUACGGGUGGAAUUUGGAAGUGUGCUAUGAGUCCGGAAAAUAUUAUCAGAUUUAAUCAAAAUGAACUAGUGGCUUCUAUAAUUCCUCUUUUGGAGGAGAAUGAAGAUGAGGAUGUGCUUACAAACGCGGUUGGAGCUCUUGCCGAAUGUUGCAAAGAUCCUAGAAAUCGAGAUGUUCUUAGAACAAAUGAUGGGAUACAGAAAUUGAUUCGUCUAUUAAGUGCCACGUAUGAACCGCUGUUGGAAAAUUUACCAAUGGUGAUAAAAGAAUGCGCUGAAAGUGAAGAAUGCAUGGAUAUAAUAAAUGACCCUGGACAUGUACUGGACGGAGUUCGUUUGAUAUGGUCGUUACUGAAACAUCCCAGCAAUGUUAUUAAGAGAAAUGCGUGCUUCGCUUUGGUGCCUUGUAUCAAACACGCAAAGGAUUCGCCACAAAUGGUCAGAGCUUUCGUUGGAGGUUUGGAGCUGACAGUCAGCCUCCUGGAGAGUGAAGACACUCAAGUCCUCAGUGCCGUUUGUGCAACAAUUGCCGAAAUUGCCAUUGAUCCAGAAAAUUUGGGCAUUUUGACAGAUCACGGUGUUGUCAAAAAAUUGGCAGAUUUAGUCAAUACUGAAGAUGAAGAUCUUCGAGCAAAUUUAACUUUGGCAAUUGCCUUUUGCUGCGAAUGGGGACAAAAUAAUUACGAAUUUGGAAAGUUGAACGCUGUAGCACCUUUGGUCAAUUAUUUAUCGAGUCAGAAUAAAAAUGUAUUGAAAGGAGUUUGUAUUGCAUUCUAUCAUUUAAGCAAGGAGCCUUUGAAUUGCAUUACUAUGCACACUUGUGGUGUUGUCAAGCACGUCUUGCGGCUAGUUGGUUCAGAAGAUUCGGAAGUUCAAAUAGCAGCAGCAACCACCAUUAGACAUAUUCGAAAAUUAGCUAUUACAGCCGAAAAUUUCCAUUACUUUCAAUCCUAACUGUUUUCAUUUUUUUUUAAAAUUAUUCAAAUUUAUGCAGAACACAAUCUUAUUCAAU